AUGGAUUCAACUGCAAUGUCCGAGACCAGUAACAUAGACCAGGAGAAGCAAGCAGCCACGGAGACCGCCGUCGACUCCAAAGACCCGGUCUAUCCCAGCUUCGCUGCGACGGUGGUCAUCAUCCUGGGUCUCUAUCUAUCUGUUUUCCUCGUGGCUCUCGACCAGACGAUCAUUGGGGUUGCCAUUCCCGAAAUCACCAACCAGUUCAAGAGUAUCGAGGACAUUGCAUGGUAUGGGAGCGCCUACUUUCUGACCUCCACGGCGCUUCAACCGUCAUAUGGAAGACUUUAUAAGAUAUUCAGCGUAAAAUGGAGCUUCCUAGCUGCGAUCGCAUUCUUCGAGAUCGGCUCCCUCAUCUGCGCCGUGGCGCCGUCGAGCACGGUCCUCAUCGUUGGUCGAGCAAUUGCCGGAAUCGGAGUCGCGGGAAUAUUUUCCGGCGCAAUGGUCAUCAUUGCACUGACUGUCCCCCUGCCCAAACGGCCGCUCGUCUUUGGCAUGUUCGGCAUGGUGUGGGGCGUGGCCUCCAUCGUUGGCCCUCUACUCGGAGGUGCAUUUACCGACGGAGUUUCAUGGCGAUGGUGCUUCUAUAUCAACCUCCCCAUCGGCGGCAUCUCGAUUGCAAUCGUGCUUUUCAUCCUUCGACUACCGUCAAACAGUGACGCCACAACCAAACCCCUCAUCGAACGUAUUAAGCAGCUGGAUUUCAUCGGCGCCAGCAUCCUGAUCCCCGCCAUCGUCUGCUUGCUGCUCGCGCUGCAAUGGGGCGGCAACCAGUACCCGUGGAACAACUCUCGCAUCAUCGGGCUAUUCAUCGGGUUCGGGUUGAUGGUCAUCAUCACCAUAUACACCCAAAUCAGACUCGGUGACAGGGCCACGCUGCCCCCGCGCAUCAUGAAGCAGCGCGCGGUAGUCGCCGGCGCAACCUUCGCCGUGUUUUUUGGCGGCGCAUUCUUCGUCUUGGUCUACUACCUCCCAAUCUUUUUCCAGUCGGUGCGGGGCGCCUCGGCGAUGAAGUCCGGCAUCCAGCUCCUCCCCGUCAUGCUCGCGACUGUUGUCUCCUCGGUCGCGGUGGGAAUCUUGGUCACGGUCUUUGGAUACUACACUCCAUUCUUGAUCGGAAGUACCGCGAUUGCCGCCAUCGGCGCGGGCCUCGUCACUCUCUACUCCAAGGACAUCUCCUCCGGCAAAUGGAUCGGGUAUCAGAUCCUGGUUGGCGCCGGCGUGGGCGCCGGCUUCCAGAUCCCCAUCACCGCCGUGCAGACGGCGUUGCCGGUGGAGGAUAUCCCGACCGGCAGCGCGGUGAUCAUGUUCUUCCAGACGUUGGGCGGUGCGCUCUUUAUCGCCGUGGCCCAGUCCGUCUUCCAGAACGGAUUGAUCGAAGGGAUUGUGGAAUAUGCGCCGAAGGUCAAUCCCGCGGAUAUUGUGAAAGCGGGCGCCACCGAGAUGCGAGAGGUCCUGACUAGAUUGCACCUGGAGGACCAGCUCAGCGGGGUGAUCGAUGCGUAUCUGAGCGGACUCAAAGACACAUACCGUGUUGCGUUGGCGUUGUUCCUUGUCUCCUUUGUCGCCAGUUGCUUUUUCGAGUGGCGCAGUGUCAAGGGGCAAUCUGAUGAAAACAAAGGCAGUGCUGUACCCGCUCUGUGA